AUUUGCUUUUCCUGGGACGUCGAUUGGCUUUCACUUAUGUUCAGGAACAACUUGGCUAUACUCUAUCAGGUGCUUGAUUCUCUUCCUUUUCUGUUUUCAUUUUUUAAUAGAGAGGGGAAUAGGAAACUAAUGGGUGAAAUCAACCAAUUUCUUAAGCUUUGUUUUUAACUGGAAUCCAAAUGAGUAAAAAUCUCAAAAUUUGGAAUUAUGUUCUUCUACUUCUACAUAAAUCACCAAACGAUUAGCGGGCAAAGUUUUUUGAAUAUAUUAAAGGAUAACAUAAAUAUUAUCAUGAAAUUUCUUGAAACUCCACCUGUUUCUUUCUUGAUUUAUCUCUUAUUCGGAUGAGGCUAUCAGUUUUGGGUUGCUAAAUCGAUUUUUUUCCUUCAUGAAAGUUACUAAUGUUCUUCACCUAAAUAUUUAACUUAUUCUUAUUGCCUAACAAGUGUUUGACUAAAUGCCUCAAAGAUGAGAUGACUAUAAUUUUGGUUACCUUUUGUAUUUCUUUGCUUAUGUUUCUUGUUAUAUAUAUAUUGAUUCAGAUGCUACAUGAGAUUAUUACAUAAUUACAUGAUUUUAUUUACUUGAUGGAAGUCACCAGUAAUGAACGUAUCAAGGAGGAUGUAUAAACCAGAAACGGUUCGGUCAAAUGGGCCGCAUACUGCUAUCAUCUUUGCAAGUGCCUUCAAUAUUGGAUAUACAAAGGUGGUGGCGUUUCCCCCGAAGCUGGUUGCUAGCUCCUUAAUUUGUUUCCCGUUUUAGAAGUUAACAACUAUUGUGAUGUAAGUUCUCUUUCUCUUUCAUGGAAGUCAACACUUGCAGGCCAUGGUUUUGGGGAUGUUUUGUGGCGUUGGUUGGACUUUAUUGGCGGCUUGGUUUCAGCAAGGUCAUCAAGGCUAAGGUUUACGACAAAUCCAAUCACAAAAGAUGGGUUAACUUGUUGGCUGAUGCACUAAAAGCUAUCGAAGUUGUAACUUUCUACUAUCCAUGUUGUCUAAAAACAGCUUUUGGUAGAUAUUGCUUGAAAAAUCCUCAUCCUAGAGCAGAAAAGUGGUUGAAUUUCAUUCUCAUGUUGUAAAAAAAUAUUGCUGUCAAAUACCCUAAACAUCCUCUUCUUUUGGUUGGAAAACCCAUUGUUAUGAGUUAUGACUAUCAUUGGUUAGAUCAUAGUUCGUGUGUUGAUGAAUAGGAUCUUUAAGGCCAUAGAAAUACUAGAAAGUAAAUCAGUAGCGGCCUAAUGGGAGUGCUACCAACCAAUACCUCAGUUAUUUGAGUGGGAAACACCUAAUCCAUUCUUUAUGGCAAACAAAUGAAGGGCAGCAAGCUGAUUCUACUGGGAAUUAGCUCAAACCAACCUUCCACUACCUGGUCCCAUACCAAUGUUAUCAAUGAACAUCAGCUGGAAAUGAGCAAGAUAGGUUCAGGAAAGAAGAGUGUUGGAACGUGAAAUAAAAACAAAAUAUUAGAGGUGAGUAUGUGGCAAGUGGGUGUGGGAGAGGAAUCCAACUUUGCAUUUGUUUUGAAGAAAAGCUACCAGGUCAUAUGAUCAUGAAUGGCUAAAAAAGAAGAGAAUCCAUGCAUUUUUUUUAAAUAUUUUCUUUUGUAGUGUCAUCAAUAGGGCUUCCUUUCAUGUGAGAUUUUACAAGCUAUCCAACUGCUCUUUUGUCAUUUUAUACUUGCGUCC